UUGACGAUACCCGCAGACCGCCGACUUGACCCUCGUCCUAGUCCUACGAAACGGCGGCUGGAAGAGAUGCUCAGGGGCGGACGAUGGCUAGGCGGUAACGGUGAGGGAAACGCCAAGACACCCAAGACGGGCUCGAAACGAUUCGCCAGCCGUCAGCGCGCUGUAAUCGUGGCAGAAGAUACCGACAUGGAGGAAGAGGGUUCAGACCCAGGUUCAAGUCGCAUUCCGCUUAUACGAGAUCGAGGAAUAGGUACGCCGGCGACCACACGAGCUCCUAUUGGGCAAUCCAUCUCAGUGCAAGAGAUUUUGGCAAAACACAGAAGACUCGCGAGUUGAAGCGGCUUAGCAGCAUGACCGCUGUGGAGAAGAGGGAAUAUUAUGCACAAUACAAGGGCAAAGGGCGUUACGUCCCUCCGGAUACUGUGGAGACGCGGAUUCGAGACGAAUAUGAGAUCGAUCCAAAGCAGAACGAAGGUGCCAAAUUCCAGUUCCAUGACGUCAAGAGAAGAAAAGCGGACAGGCAAAAGAUGCACGGGACAGAUUGCGAGUGCUGCAGAGAUUACUACGAGGCAGUCGGCCCGCUCCCAAAAUACAAUCAAGGUCCUAAAUGGCGAGAUUCGUCAGAUGAGGAGGAUGAUCGAACCACCGAUACAGCGCUAAGAGAACACCAGAACAAGGUCUCUCGACAUCGCGAGACGUGGAAACGAAAUCCUACGCCACCGGGGUAUUGGGAGAUUGGCUUUCCUAGCACUCAAAAGGCUGAAGAACAGAACGCAAUCGCCGAUGAGAUGAACAAGGAACGAGCGAGGCAGUUGAAACAGGAGGUCGAGCGCAAGGAUAGUCGAUGGAGGAAGAAGAAGUAGGGUACUCACCGCAACAGUAAAUGAGUGAUGAGGUUGCCUUGGGCAUCAUAGCGGACUCUUCGUGGUCAAUAUGUAUAUUAAUCAUCCAUGUUCUCGUAGUUCGGUGUGCCUUGUGACCUCUAUUC